UUAAAAUUGUACAUGAUGAGUAAUAUUGAAGAUAUAUGGACAAUUUGUGAAUUAAAAUAUUUACGAUUAUUACGAAGCAAAAUGUCGGAAGUCAAGUGGAGCUUGAAAAAUAUUAAAAGUAAUGAAGUAUUUCACAUUACUAAACCGACUUAUAAAGUUGGAAGACAUAUUCAGGCGGACAUCAAAAGUGAACUAAAAGAAGUGUCAAGAAACCAUGCAACACUCUCAGUUUUGAUCGGGGGAAAUCUUUUCGUUCACGACAAUAAGAGUUGUAAUGGAACGUUCAUUAAUCAAAGAAAAAUACAGCCCUUGGAAAAUGUGCAGCUCAACCAUCUAGACAUCGUGGGCUUCGGAAUGAAUUCUCAAAUGUUGGAGGAAAAUUCUGAUGUUCUCCCAUUAAUUUUUGAAGUAAGAAGAGAAGAAGUUAAACUGAUUUCACCUAUUUCUGACAAAGCUGACACUGUCAAAGCUGACACUACUGUCGAAGCUGACACUUCUGUCAAAACUGACACUUCUAACAAAGCUGACACUUUUGUCAAAGCUGUCAUAUAUGAUAAAACUGCUACUUCGGACACGGAUGCUACUUCCCACAGAGCUCUCACUUAUGACAUAGCUGUAACUUCUGACAAAGCGGAUAGUUCGGUCAAAACUGGCAUUUCAAACAAAGCUGACACUUCUGACAAUAAUGACACUUCCUAUAAGGUUGACAAAAAACUGCAAUAUUCUAUACACGGUGAUGAUUGCAUUACUAUAUCUGACGGAGAAGAUGAUGAGCUAUUUGCUCAGAGCCAAAUAUUUGAUAUAUCAGAGAAAAUCAAAAAAGAACAGACUUCUUAUCACGAUAGUAUUGAUCCGUAUUUCGAAGUCAAACAAGAACUUCAUGAUCUCCAUUGUGACGUUGAAUAUCAAAUUACUGUAGAUUUGACGGAUGAUAUAGAUCAUUUUGAAACUACUGCAGACCUUUUGAAUAUUCUG